AUGGCAGAAAUCCCGAAGAAAUCUCGAGUGAAUAGGGGUGAUAAACCCCAACAAAAGAAUCGAAAAGGAUGGAAAAAAAAUCCUAGAAAUCCUGACGGAACAGAGUCUAAAGAUGAAGAAGAACUUAAUGAAGACGAACAAUGUAUAAUUUGUGCUAAUAAGAUACAUUAUGCAUCGAUACCCCCAUGUAACCAUACUACAUGUCAUAUGUGUACUUUCAGACAUAGAGCAUUGUAUGGCAAAACUUUAUGUUUGGUAUGUAGGUCAGAUAACGAAAGAGUCAUAUUCUCGGAACAAAUAGAGAAGGUAUAUACAGAUUUUGGAGCAAACGACAUUGUGAAGUCCCAUUUAAAAUAUAACAUUGAUUUCACUGCCGAAUACGUCUAUAAUGAUACGUUGGGAUUAUUGGACUAUAAGUGUUACGUGAGUGGAUGUCAUGAAACGUUUCUGGGAUUCAAGGCCCUUUCUGAGCAUGUCAAAGCAGAGCACAAUAAGUUUUAUUGUUUAAUAUGUUCUAAGAAUAAGAAGGCAUUUUUAUGUGAAUUGACCUUAUACACGUAUAAACAGUUACAGAGACAUCAGUCCGAGGGAGACGAAGAAGGAUUUGACGGACAUCCCGAAUGUAAGCAUUGUCGAGGUUUAAGAUUUUACUCCGAAGAUGAGUUGAAUAUCCAUAUCCGAGAUAAGCAUGAAAGAUGUCAUAUUUGUGAUCAAGUAACUCCUAAAACGGCCGACUACUAUAAAAACUACGACGAUUUAUAUACCCAUUUCAGGAUGGAUCAUUAUGUAUGUACGGUUCCAAGUUGUCUUGAUAAGAAGUUUAUCGUGUUUAGAGAAGACUUAGAGCUAACUUCGCAUAUGCUUAAGGAGCAUGGUGGGCUUACGGGUUCAAACGGGAAAGUUAUUGUGGGAAGCAGUAAUAAUCAAUUCCAAUCUCUUUUAUCUACGUUUAAUGGAUCAGUUGGUGCUCCAUCAACAACAGGACAAUCGAGGAGAAGAAAUAGAAAUAAUAAUGAUUCAAAUGAAGAAGUUGAUUCAUACGAUACCAAAAAGAUGAGGUUAGAGGAGAGAGCCAAGCAUUAUUUGCAUUAUAAUACUUCGAGUAUAAACGAGUUUUUAAAAAUUAAUACUGCCUAUAAAUCGGGAAACAUUACUGCUAAGGACGUUCUAAAGGAAUAUCAAACAUUGUUCGAUAAAAGAGACAAAUCGGAACUCAGCAUGUUAAUUUAUGAAUUAUCUGAAAUUUUUCCAAAGAAUUCUGAGCAACACAAGAAUUUGAAAAGCAUUUCAAAUGAAUUACACAUUGCGUCCGAAGCAGAACAAUAUCCUGUGUUGGGAGGCUAUUCUUCUCCAAGUUCGACCGCAAGCAUCCAUUCCUGGGGUAACAGUAACAGAAAGGUUGGUGCCGAUAAUUUCCCGACUCUUUCAAAACCAAAGAAGGCUACUUCAUCACAAGUCAAUGCAAACCAGCCGAUUAGAUAUACAAAGGUGUUGAAAAAGGCUGGCAACAAAACCAGCCCCCUCACCAUCAAUCAGAGAGCAGACCCAAAUUACAAACCCAAUUAUCUUAGUAAUUUGAAGGACAAAAACUCUUCUGCUUCCUCCUUACCUUCAUUGGGCCAAUCUAGAUCUCACCUGCCGAACCCAAUGUUGGCAAGGAGUAAUGCCAACUCUGCAAGCACCCUGAGUUUGUCGGAAUCGAAAUUCCCAGCCUUGGAAAAGAAGUCGACCAAGAAGGUCUUCCCUAGAGUGAAGCUGGUCAAUGUUGAUUCAACCCAAUGGGGAACGUCAUCUACUCCACAAAGUCCUGAAUCGGAAGAUGUGUUUGAAGAGUUAAUUACAGACAAGAGAAAGCAAAAAUUAAAGAAAAAACAAGAUAAACUCUUGUUCAAAACAUAG